AUCAGCUCGACUGUUGCGACUCAUUGAUCGGGAGUAUCCUUCACUAAAUGAAUAUGAUGGUGGUUGGAUUGCUGGAGCAUCUCGUGUUGCAUUAGCACAGCGGAUUAUUGAUUUCAACUACUAUCUGGUUUCUAGAAAUAUCAAAAUAAAUGGCGAAACUCUUAUAUUAGCUGGUGAACGAGAGAUAUGGGCCAAUAUUGAUGGAAUAUGUCCCACAAUAAAUGAACAAUUACUUGCAGCAUCACGAAACAACGUGAAUGCCGAUACCAUCUCUUUUCCAUCGUCUAUAGAUGACGAUUUUGCUCGUAUUGAAGAAGGUAAAUCCUAUAUAAUGUAUUUGGCUCAAUAUUACAACAUAAAACUAAAUUCAUCAAAACCAUUCAUUCAGUAUAAAAACAAAGAUGAAUGUCCACCAAAUCGUUUCCCCAACAGAAUCUAUCCAAACUAUGACACGAGUGAAAACUCAAAACUGACAGAAACCCUCAUGUCACAUGAUCUAGUGAGAACGUAUUUCAAUACUAAUGUAAAGAACAUAAGUAUAGUUGACACAUUGGCAGAAGGACAAGAUCGACCAAAUACUAUGUCUACUGCUCGCGAUGCAGCUGUAAGGCUUGUGAAACGUAUUAUUGCUGGAGAUUAUGGAGACAAAAAAGCAUUUGUCGUGCUGUUUUGUACAAAUAAUCUGUGUAUGGAACGUCAAAAGUUAGCUACGCAACAACAAGUUAAUCAAUUUUUAGAAAAAUAUGACUUGAUUACAAAAGGUUAUGAAGUCAAAAUUGAAGGUGUUGGCUAUUCAUGCAAACAGCAACUAUCAACUGUGCAUUCAGAACUUGGUGCAUUACUUGCAGAGAAAUGGAGAACUGUUGCUGUCAAUCUUGAAAAAUUACUUGGAAAAAAGCCGAAACGUGACAUAAGAAGUCUUCUAUUUCAAACUCGCGACAAGGCUAUUAUUGUUUCAGAUCAACCGAAAAUAAAAGGCCAUCCUUCUGACAGUCUUUUGAAACGCUGGUUUGACUCGUAUUUGGCUUAA